UAUGUGUGUACCUUAUUGAAGAUGUCUUCUUUCAGGUUUACAGCUCUUAUGAUUGCUCUACUCGUUAGCAUGUCAGUUAUUGUAUCUGAAAGCCGGGUGGCGAGAAAAGACCUUGGACUUGAUCUUGGAGGCAUAGGAAUUGGGAUUGGAGCAGGCAUAGGCGUUGGCUUGGGUGGUGGAUCAGGAUCAGGAGCCGGGGCUGGUUCGGGUUCAGGUUCUGGGGGUUCAAGUUCAAGCUCUUCAUCAAGCUCAUCCUCUUCUUCAUCCAGUUCAUCUGGUGGUGCAGAUUCUCGAGCUGUUUCAUCUGCUGGUUCCUAUGCUGGCUCUCGAUCUGGCUCUGGUGCAGGUUCAUCUGCUGGCUCCCGGGCUGGGUCAGGACGAGGCCGUGGCAACUAAUCAAGCAUUCCUAGC